CAGAAUUGAAAAGAGCUCAGUGGACUAAGACUGCGAACGAGUUUAUGUUGUCAACGUUUGACUUAUUAUACCUACCCAUGUGGUUUGAAAUAUAAUCUUUGCUAUAGUAUUUCAUUAUUGAUAACAAGUGAACGCACUUAAUACUAACAAAUUCAAUUCAUUACUGAAAAUAUUUUGCGUACACUUGGCUAGGUACGUUGGUGAGCAAUGGCGACUGUCAUUUCUAACAGACCUUACCACAUAAUCGUAUUCGGAGCAUCUGGUUUUACCGGUCAGUUCGUGGUGGAAGAGGUAGCCCGGAACGCUAAAGAAGGACCCAGCGGGUCUAUGAAAUGGGCCUUGGCCGGGCGGAGCAGACACCGGCUGGAAGGUGUAUUGGAACAAGCCGCCGACUCUCUCAAUAAGCCAGAGCUAAGGAUUGAAGUUGAUAUCAUUGUGGCUGAUGUUUCGGACGCAGAUUCAUUGGCCAUCAUGUGCCAACAAGGACUGGUUGUCCUGAACUGUGUGGGGCCAUACAGGUUUUAUGGUGAGCCAGUGGUGAAGGCCUGUAUCGAGAAUGGAGCCCACUGCAUCGACAUCUGUGGAGAACCUCAGUUCCUGGAGGGAAUGCAGCUGGAGUACCACAGCAAAGCGAUGGUCAGCGGCGUGUAUGUGAUUGGUAGCUGUGGCUUUGACUCCAUACCAGCUGACAUGGGCAUCCUGUACACAAAGGACCAUUUUAAAGGAACACUGACAGCUGUAGAGAGCUUCCUGACUAUUCACACUGGACCUGAGGGAGGCUGUGCCCAUGACAGUACAUGGCAGUCAGCCAUCUAUGGCUUUGCAGACAGCGGCUCCCUGAGGAAGCUGAGGAAGAAAUUUGGCCACCAGCCUCUCCCCGUCGUCGGAGCCCCGUUUAAGAAGAGGGGUUGCCUGUUCUUCAGUAAGGAGAUUAACCAGUAUGCCAUACCCUUCAUGGGCUCAGACAGAUCGGUGGUAAAGCGAUCCCAGCGCUUUCUCUAUGAGGACCAAAAAGCAACACCGGUCCAGUACACUGCAUAUGUAGGCGUCGGUGGCGUCUGGUCAUUGAUAAAGUUGUUCUGUGGAGGCCUGAUUUUCUGGUUCCUAGGGAAGUUUAGGCUGGGAAGAAAGCUCCUAAUUACGUUUCCAGAAAUCUUCUCCUUUGGCAUGUUCACCAAGUCUGGUCCAAGCAGGAAGCAGAUGGAGGGAACUUCUUUCAGACUGACAUUUUUCGGGGAAGGUUACGCUGAGGGCACUGAGCCCUCUCAGGGAAGACCCAACGCUAGGAUCUGUACCCAGAUACACGGAGCGGAGCCUGGCUAUGUAGCCACGUCUGUCACCAUGGUACAAGCCGCCAUCACCGUGCUAAACGAACCGCAGUUCCUUCCUGUUAAGGGUGGAGUGUACAGUCCUGGAGCUGUGUUUGCCAAGACCACUCUCAUCCACCGGCUCAACAAACACGGCCUGGUGUUCUCCGUCUUGAGAUUCUAAUGGAAUUGUUCUAAGAGGACUUUGUAUCGUUUCCAAAGUCCUCCUUCGACAGCUAAACUCUGGUGCGUUUCUUGCAAUUGGUGGGAUGGAUCUGUACAUGAUCAAAAGUUGAUUUGCAAAGCAGAUUUGGUAAUAGAUUUACUUUGCCCUAUAUCAAAUCAUCUGAAGGUCCAUAAAAUUCCAUUGGGUAAAUGCAAAUGGGCGUUGAGCAGUUCUCUGACCUGCUAUCAUCAACUAGCCGAAGUUCUGUCUGUACUCAGACCUCUCCACAAUUAAUGGUAUGUUCUGUUAGAGGAAAUGCUAGAUGACAGAUUACACCUUAAGCUGUAUCUGUUUCCCCUCAUGACGUUGCCUUAGUAUGAAUGCACUACUUUAUCAGGCUUUGCCUACUGGAAUACAGACAGCUAAAAACAUGACUAGCAUUUUAGUCUAACGUCUGUAUUUCCCUAUCAAGGCCCAUUUUAUUUAAAUUAAUAUCUUUAUCAUGUGACUUAUAUUAAUAUUGUUAAUGUGUGUGUGUCCUUGACCCAGAUUACAUUGAGGUAGAGGACUGUAGUCCAAGCCCUGUGUGUGUAUGCAUGUGUCACGUUGCUUUUGAUCAAACAUGUGCAUUGGUAUGACAAAAAAAAGUUGUGUUUCAGAUAUGUCAGAAUAAACCAGUUAUUUCUAAA